AUGGCGUCGGACUGCGGAGACGGGCACUCGACGCUGAAGAGGUGUCUCGGCGUGCUCAGAGAUGCGAGGAACGACAGCGAGCAGUUCGCAGCCCUGCUGCUGGUGACCAAAGCGGUCAAAGCUGGAGAAUUAGACGCUAAGACCCGUCGCCAGAUCUUUGAUGCAAUUGGAUUCACGUUUCUGAAUCGCCUGCUUACCUCCAGGCAGCCCCCGGCCGGCUGCCCCGAGCACACCUUCCGGGCACUGGGUCUUACUCUUUUGGCGUGUUUCUGCACCGAUCCAGAGUUAGCUGGUCACUCCCAGAUCCUGAACAAGAUCCCAACCUUCAAUGACAUCCUGGUUUCCCCCCACAAUCCAGAGAGCACGUCCAUGAUCGAUGAUGUAUACCAGUGCCUGAGUGCUGUCAUGGCCACUACCAGGGGCCCCACAGAGUUGGUGACCAAAGGGACGGUGCCUGCCCUGUGCCAGGCCUAUGUGAAUCACAGUUAUGGCUCUGACCGUGCCUUGACACUGCUCUUGGGGCUGUUGGCCAUAGCAGAAGCGAAGUGCUGGCAGAGAGACGCUCCACACCUCCUGGCUGUGCUCAGCAAGCUCUCUGAUGAUUUUCUCAAGGCUGAAGACAUGACCAAAUUUGAGUUGUGUGAGGUUCUGCCACACUUCAUCCCCCUGUCGCCACCCCUCACACGGGACUCGCAGGGCUGCGAGUGCCUCCAUAGACUUUACAAAGGGCUGGCUAACAUCUUGGGCAGUAAACUCAGCCAGUCGCAGCGGGACCCUGCUCUGAAGCUUGCUGCCUGCCUCGUGCAGGCCUGUGGGUCAGAGUGGAUCCCAGCAGGGAGUGCUGGAAGCAAGUUCCUGGCCUUGCUGGUGAACUUGGCAUGUGUGGAGGUCCGCCUGACCCUAGAGGAGCCAGAUCCUUUGGAGGUGGAAGGGAAGAAAGAAGUGGUAACAGCGUGCUAUGUUCUUAUUGAGAUGGGGAUCCAGGAGUGCCUGAGAGAAGAGAAGCCACUGCUAGAAGAGGUGCAGAAAAUACAGCUCAUGAGGAUCAUGGAGGAGGCAUUUGGAGCUGUAAUAUUCUACUUGAGACAGGUUAAAGAGGAGGAGCUACAAGAUCCUUUCAUAUUUGCUUCUGUUCGAAUCCUUGGAGCCUGGAUGGCAGAAGAGACAUCCUCCCUCAAGCAGGAAAUCUGUGAGCUCUUGCCUUUCCUUGUCCAUUAUACCAAGAAGCUUUUCAAAGAGGGCAGCCCAGCUGCGUGUCUUUCCCAGCCAGAGCUGGUCAGCACUGAGGGCUCUGGCUUACCCCAGGAUGCUUUGAGAUUUCUGCUACCUGGCUUUUGCCAUUUAACAGCAGAGGACAGGCCCCGGGACAUCCUCAUCUCAGAAGGGGCACCAGCACUGCUGUGUGAGUACUUCCUGCACCAGUGGGAGGUACUGAUCACCGAGCCCAGGUCCCUGACGCCACUGACAAGCACUGAACUGAGUCUACAGACUGCGUGUGGGAUUUUCCUUAACCUGGUUGUGACUGCACCGGACCUCAUCAGGCGAGACAAAACCUUUUCCUCCUUGAUGGAGAUGUUGCUGAAGUCACUUCCACUCCUGCUGCCCCAGAAAGAUCACCUGGUUCUAGCAGCCAACAUUGCCACUCUGGGCCUGAUGAUGGCCAGGAUCCUUGCAAGUUCAGAAGUUCUUCAGGGCUCCCAGUCUGCCAAGGAGUUUUUCGGAGCUGCCAUUCGCUUCCUAUCGCAGGCCCACACGGUCCAAGCAGACCCCGGUAGCGACAGCUUGGCCGCGGCCGUGUCGCCUGCCUACGCGAGUGCCUGGGCUGACGUCCGUGAGCUGUGGUUCCUGGGGAUGCAGGCCCUGGCCGGCUGCGUGCCGCUUUUCCCCUGGCUGCCGCAAGCCGUCCUCCAGGCACGGUGGCUGGAAAGCCUCUCGGAGUUACUGACCCGCGUCACUCCAGCUUCCGUGGAUUUUGAACUGGUUGCUGCUUUCCAAGGCGUGUUGGUAGAGCUGGCCAGAGCCAGUGAGGUGUGCAGGGACAUGAUCCUGUCACACCAGGGCGGGGAGUGGGCCAACCUUUACGGUAUGGCAGCUUUGGAACAGUGUCUGUCUGAGCAAUGA